AGACCAUCUCUCUCAUUACGUACCCCCAUCCAGCUUGUAUCGCACUUCAUCCUAAAAGCUCUCCAAUUCUUUCAUCUUCUCCUCCAAUCCACAAGUCAAAAAGCAUCAUCUCUUCUUUCCCAUCCAAUCCACGUUUUAUAAACUUUACUCUCAACAAGAUACUUACCUACCUUAGGUAGGUACUUAAUAGUUUUUUCUUUUCUUUUUUAUAUCGCAAACAUGAUCAACACCCGCACCGCCGCCGUGGUGCUCUCCGCCCUCGCCCUUGUCUCCGCGCAAGCAAAUUCCAACUCGACCUUCAAGAUCGACCCUACACAAGUAGACAUCUCUGACCGCGUCGCCUGGUGUCAAGGACAACAAGACAGCUGCGGUACCCUUUGUGGAUCUGUUGUGCAGAACAUAUGUUCGACGAACACUCUAGAUUUCCAAUGCGUCUGCCAGGGCAACAACGAGCCGGAUAUGAAUCUUUACAUGAACACUGUGCCUUGGUUUGUUUGUGAACGACUUCAGAGCGACUGUAUCACGGCAAACGAGAACAACGCUGCUGGUCAGAAGAACUGUACUUCGACGUACGGCGAUAAAUGUGGCAAGGAAGACGUGUCCAAGCACCAGGGAGAGGGAAGCGUCAGCACAACUACCACCUCUAGUGCAGCUACCAGUGGUACUGCUACUCCCGCCGCCAGCUCCGCCGCGCCGAGAACAUCUUCCUCUGAGGCUGCCGCUGUCCCAACCAACAUUCAAUAUCUGGGUAAUAGUGCCGCUGCUGUCGCUCUUGGCGUGUUCGCCUAUAUGCUCUAGUGACAAAUAUAAGCACACGAGUUUGACGGACACUAGGUCGAGCAGCGUGGUCAUAUGGAAUAAUUAUUUUGGCACCCGUUUCUUUUCUCGUACAAGUUGAUAUUAGCAGCAUUCCCCCCCUUUAUACCCAAGUCAUGUUGCACGUGACAACCCUAAUUCACGAGGAGACGAGUCGAAUAUUGAUGAGCAAGCAUACGUUGGAGGAGAUUAAUAUUUGAGGAAGUUGUUGAGGGAGUGUGGUACAGGUAUCAGUCGCCGCGGCUCUGGCUAGUAUGGUUAAUAAAAAACCCCAGUUGAGUUGAUAGCUAUGGCACAACGCAGAGCAGAGAGAACAAUAAAAUUCAUCAAAUGGGUA